GAUUUAAUCGUCGUGCAGUCCUUAUCAACCGCUGCUUCCGAAAUGGGCGAUUUACCCAACAGUUUCUCUCAUUCGCUAUCUAUCCAGUCCACUGGAAUCCUGAGGAAAGAACGAGUUGGCUGGACAAUCCUUGCCACUUUUAUUGCAGCUAUUGGCCCUGUAACCUUUGGUUACUGUGUGGGGUAUUCUUCGUCAGCACUGCUUGAUUUACAGAACGAAAAUGCACCUUCCGAUGUUCGCCUAUCGUCCGAACAAGCAUCGUGGUUUUCAUCUUUGCUCAAUGUGGGUGCUAUUGUUGGAAGUCUUAUCGGUGGAUGGGCGAUUGACAAGUUUGGUCGAAAGGGUACCAUCGUUUUAUGUGCGAUACCUUUUGAGAUCGGAUGGCUCCUCAUAAGCUGUGCUCAUCACGUUUCCAUGUUUCACGCUGGCCGGAUCAUUACAGGCUUAGGCAUCGGUGUAAUUUCACUUGCUUACCCGGUCUACGUAGCUGAGAUCGCAACUGCACGACUGCGCGGGACACUUGGCGCUGUCAAUCAACUGGCCAUAGCAGCUGGCAUCUUACUAAGUUAUAGCUUUGGAGUCCUUGUGCAUUGGAGGUGGCUAGCUCUCAUUGGUGCUAUGCUCCCUGCCCUACUCGUGAUUUUGAUGUUCCCUAUGCCGGAGACUCCUCGCUGGUCGUUGGGAAAUAACCGAAACAGCGAAGCGGCCAAUGCAUUGUUGUGGUUAAGAGGACCUGAUUUUGACGUCGAGGAAGAGUGUUGUGUGAUUAAAGCGAGUCUAGACGAAGAUCAUCAGGAGAGGCUUCCUUGGCGUGACUUCUUAUUACCAUCGAUGUUAAAGCCCCUGCUGAUCAGUAUUGGGUUGAUGGUUUUUCAGCAGUUCUCUGGGGUAAACGCAGUAAUCUUCAAUGCUGCAUCCAUCUUUUCAAACGCAGGCUUUUCCGAUGCAAAGCUUAUCAGCAUUACUGUGGGAGCCGUACAAUUUAUUGGUGCUGGCUUAGGUUGUCUGCUCAUGGACAAAGCUGGAAGACGAAAGAUCCUUCUGAUGACUGGACUGGUGAUGUGCAUCUGUCAUGUAGUACUAGGAGUGUAUUUUGAGAUCUACAUCCCUCCAACAGAGAAAACCCCACAAGCGGACACUCUCGCCUUGCUUGGCUCUAUCCAUAGAUCUGUUCAAGCGAAAAGAAUUUCCUCUCUGUCAAUCACAAGCCUUGUCGUAUUCAACAUGUUUUACGCCCUCGGUUGGGGACCAGUUGCGUGGUUAAUAAUGUCGGAAAUAUUUCCUCAACGAGCUCGAGGCCAGGCUGGUGGUAUUGCGACGUUGAUUAAUUGGACAUGUUCUUUUAUCGUUACCCAAACGUACCAGUCCAUGGCCGACACUUUGUCUAUCCAAGGGGCAUACUGGUUUUACGCCGGAUGCUGCUUCUUCGCGUUUAUUUUCGUCUAUUUCUUUCUACCUGAGACAAAAGGCAGGACCUUGGAGGAAAUGGAAGCCAUGUUUGACCAAGAUAAACAAGACUAUGAAAGGAUUAGCUAAGUAAUAAGAAAAAGAUGAAUAGUUAUGAGGCAUAUUUCCGUCGGUCGGAGUAGCCAAAUUCAUCCCUAAGCGUUUUUUGAACACCAGGGCUCUUCAUCGUAGGAAAACGUUUUCCUGUGGUGAAGUCUUGAUAGCAGAAGCUGAGUGCGAAAGUUUUUAGGCAAGGCUUAAGCGCAAAUUUUGAACCAUUUCUGGAAUGUUUUUGUGGGUUAACUUUGCUUUUCAUUGUGAUUAUUUGGAAAUUAAUGCGUGCGCUAAAACAUUGCGUUUCCCUCCCAGCCAAUCAGCUGAUCAGAAAGAUUUUCCGCAUGAAUAUUGGAAAAGUAAAGCACUUAUUAAGUAACUCUGCGGACUUUUCCCAUAAAGCCCUUAGGUAACAUUGUUGAUUAUAACCGACUGUAUAACCUUUGCCGCUUUCUAUCCAGACAGAAAACAGAAGUGAUCAUUUAGAUGUUUAGAAUGUACGAUUUUUGCACAUUGCCCUGGCGGAAAAUUAGUUCAUAUUCACUUCCUUCUUCACAAUUUCCUUCCACAUAGUAGAUAGUCUGGUGUAAAUACAGUGUAGGUUUAUUUCAGCACUUGCACGAAAUAAAAAAAAAAUAUUUGAUCAAUCAAUUCAGUUAAGUAUAUCUAUUGGUAUUAUGACACUCAUUUUGGACAUGAGCCUCGAUAAAUGAUAAUGAUAAUAAUCUGAUAUGUAAAAGAGAAUCAUUAAUCAAAAUUUGAAGGCAGAAACCGCCAGUCAAUUACAAUUACAACUACAAUAUAAUAACCGUAAUUCGAGUUCUUGUUACAAUUACUACCCGAUAAAAAGUGGUGUAAUGCGUGAGUUUUGUUUCAAGCGUGCUUGAAGCGUUUCGCAUCUGCGAACGUAGAAGUGACUUAACAUAGUGAUUACAUACCAUCAGAACCAAGUUGUC